GCCAAGCCAUUGUUUUUUUUUUUUCUCUUUUCGUUAGGUAAUCCCUACCUAGGUUACUAAUUUACAAUUUACAUGCGCCGCGCGAGCCCGAGGUCCAUAAGGCACUUAACGCGGUCUCGCCUAAGCCGCCAUUCUUUUCUUUCGUAUUGGAUCUCGCCAAUUCGAAUAUUUGCGUGUUUAUGGUCUCGUGCCAUGGCAACAACUUCUUUCUCUCUCAGCUGACAACGGUAAUAUCGGAUAUUUAACUUGGAAUAAACAUGUCUCUUCCCUCCACUAACGCCAAUGGGCAAUCUUCAAUCCGGAAUUUCUUCCAACCCAAGACGCCAUCAUACGUUCAACCCCCCGCCGUCUCCCGGGCACAGGCAGCACCUCCUGUUCCUCCACCGCCGCCGUCGGUAGCCGCCGUCCCCUCUCCAACAGCUGAACAGAAUGGCCCGAGAUCACCGCUGUCUCCAGUCCCCACGACCGCACCACUAACAAGGCCGCCGUCCCUUCACCCUCAAGCGACUAUCUCGCCAAUUCUACCCGAACACGUCCCUGCUCUACGACGCAUAACCUCUCUCCUCCUACCCGUCAACUACCCCGAUUCAUUCUACGCGCGUCUCUCUGACCCCCUUUCCUCCGGCGCAUUCAGCCGUGUGGUUCUCUGGUCUGACCCGUCCGAUUCCAAUGGCAGUCCCAAAGUUAUCGGGGGUCUAGUCUGCCGGCCCGAGCCGUCCCCGUUUACGUCUUCGUCCUCGAGGAAGUCCUCAUCGCAGCCCAUGACUCCUUCCUCCCAGCCUAACGCGCUGUACAUCCAAUCUUUAGUCCUACUCUCGCCGUACCGGCAGCAGGGGCUCGCUGCGGCGCUACUAGACGAUGUGGUGCGGGCCGCGGUCACGAGCCCCUUCGUCUGUGAGGAGGUGUACGCGCACGUGUGGACUGAUAACGAGGACGGAUUGCGCUGGUACCUUGCGCGCGGUUUUACUAAGCACGGCCAGGUAAACGGUUACUACUUCAAGCUGCGACCCGACAGUGCCUGGAUCGUGAGGCGUAGCAUUGGCCCCGUUGCCUCGGCCCUAGGAUUGAACGGUGCAGCGGCAUUGAGUAGUACGGGAAUAGAAACAACGAUUCCGCCAAGCACCACAGCCGCAGCAGCCAAUCUUCUAACUCGGCAAGCUCCGACACCGCCGGCUCUAGCAGCUACUUCGGGGCCCGGUAUACUCUCAGCACCGCCAAGAAGCAACGGGCCCUCGCCGAACCGCAGUCCUGGUACGGGAGGAUUGUCAUUCCAGAACGCGCGGCCGGAGACGGAAUGGAACGACUUGCCAGCAGACAUGCACGCCUCGCGCUCUGCGGCCAGCGGCCCAGCCAGCAACGCAAGUUCGCGGAGCAGCUCCACCGCGCCACGGAAGAAGAAGGACCGCGCGUACCCUGCUGCUGCCUUCGGCAAGUAGAUAAAUAUCUACCUUCCCCCACGACCCGACCUUCAACAGAUAAUCUGGGGUCCUGCGGGUUUUAUCACGGGAUAUAAAAGAUCCCUCUAUCAGCCAGAGAGGAAACGAGGAAUGAGUUUGACGGUUAUAUAUGUGGCGUAAGUCUGCCGCCUACGUGCGCACGACUGCAAUGGACAAGCAUGGAAAGGUUGGAAAAGGCAAGGCAAAGGAGCCGGUAAUUUAUGCAUAGUAUAUUUGUGUGAUCUGGAUGGAAAUAUUGUUUAGGAUAUUGUUGCGCGGCGGAGUUGAGUCGAAUUGAGUCGCGCCAAUUUUUAUAGAGCCCGUUGCAAUGCAUAGAGGGGAAGAAAAUGAUGAGAACCCAGGCCUUGAGGCUGUCUAUAAGUGUUCACAGCCCCUCAAAAAUUGAUGGUGCUAUUUCGUAAAAUACGUGAUGAACUUGUUUGCUAUUGAGCCUUGUAUGACGGGGCCCAGGCACAGAUAACACGCCAAUAGGGGGGGUAUCAUUACAAGAACCUAUCUCUUAUAAUAUGUCCAAAACUUACCCGAUUAACUUCAUGACCUUAUCUAAGCAUCUCCUGAC